AUGUGUGGAAGGUAUGAAAAUGUGGACUUGUACUGUGACACCAGCACCACCUACACCGUGCUCUCUCCCAACUUUCGCUGCUCCGACGUCUUCCCAGUCUACGGCCUCACGCUCUCCCAGUUCCAAGCCCAGAAUCCAUCGGUGUUGUGUGCAGCACCCAUCCCACCCUCCACUGUCCUCAACGUGGCCAGCCCAGCCUCUCUCAUCCCCUGCUCCGUCUUCUACACCACUCAGCAGAGCCCUCACACUCUCUCGCUCACAGCCCCCUCUCCCUCCCACCUCCUCCUCCCUGCAUCUCGUUCUCAGGGCGACACCUGUGCAGACCUAGCGUUGUAUUUCAAACUGCGCUCGUCCUGCCCAUCUGCCAGCUGCACAUUCAAAUUCCAGGCGCUCAACCCCAGCUUGGACUGCACUGCCAACGGCGGGCUGCUGCAGCCCGAGCAGGCGGUGUGUGUGGAGAGGGUUACUGAGAAAGUGGGGCUCAUCCCGGUGUGCUCGCAGUACUACCUGGUGCAGAGCGCAGAGACGUGCGAGUCCAUCCGCAACGUGCCCUUCCCCGCUUUGAGUCCCAUUGAUUUUUUCCGGCUCAACCCCGGCAUCAAGUGCAGCCGCCUCAUUCCAAAGACCAAUGUUGACGGCUUCACUGGCUUUGAGGCAUGCAUCGCGAGCUCCACGUCGUACACUCAGGGAAAGUGUCCGCGUGCGAAUGCGUAUGUGGUGGGGACAGGCGACAGGUGCACGGCCAUUCAGGUGAAGUUCUUCCGGGGCAUCAAGGGCUGCUACAGGAAAGUCAACGGAUACGACUGCAUCGACAAGCUCGUCAAAUCAACUCGCGUGUGCCUGCCUGACAAAGUCAAGCUUCAGAAAGGAGUCUGCGACAACUGA